AAUGGUGUACAGUCAACCCAUUUAUCGCAGCGGAAGAUCUUCCAGACCCACAGAAACUAUAGCGAUAUAGCGACCACAUCCAAUUUUUUAAAUAUAGUUAUACAGGAUUUAAACACAUUUAAACUUGCAUGUAGUGUCUACCAUUUUUCUCUGGCGUGUGCGUUUGGUCCGCUAACAGUUAAAUGAGCGAGCAAGGAGGAGGAAGAGAGCAACAACAAGAAAGUGGAAAGGAGGAGGAGGAGAGUCGAGUGAGUGAGCAAGGCAGAGAGAGGGAGGGUCGGUUUGUAUGUGAGAAAGCGAGAGAGCGGAGGAGAGAGCGUGAAGGGAAGCUGCGGCGGCAGCCGGGAGAUAAAAAAGCUUUUCCUCUGCUGGCAAGCUAGCGAGGGAUAAAGCGAGCAGAAGCUGGGAGCCGCAUCCGGGCGGGCAUCCAGGCUGGCUCGCCUUCAUCAACAGGCUGAAAAAAAAAAGGAGGAGCUGACUACACGACGACACCACCACGUCGAUCGGAUCGGACUAGCUUUUCUUGAGGAGGAGACGCCCUGUGAAUCGGGUGAACUUCCGUUCUUCCCCUGCAACGGAUGCCGAAUAUCUAGAUCUGACUCCGUCAACUGCGUCUGGAUUAUCUCGGGAGCUUGACUUCUGUCCGGAUGCCUCGUCCUAAUUGGAUGCAGCGAGGAGCCAUCGCCACAGAUAAACCUCCCCUCCGGGGGGCAAGGACAGCUGGAGGCUUGUUGCGCCGUCACCCUGCGCCACCUGACGGAGGCGCAGCUGACACAUUGACAAAUCUUUACGGCCGACGAUACUGAAGAUACUCCUUGGCGUGGAUGACAUUAGUUUUUCAGUGCCGUGUGAUGCUAAGCCAUUUCUCUGCAGCUUACGUCAAGGAACAAACACUGUGGGGGCAGAGAUGAUUCCACAGGACGACACGCCUGACAGGAAUUAGUAGCUGCAAUGUUUUGACGUCCGUAAAACCUGCAGCUCACGUGACCGAUGAAGCCGAUUCCAACAAUCCAGCAAGCCGCGAGAAGAUUGGCCGAGCCUGGCUGCGUUCCGCAUUUGCAUUGGCCGGCUGCGCUCUGUGUGUCUCCCUUUCAGCCAGUCCGGACUCUGUGCAGCCUCGGCACCACUCGGGAAUCGCAGCCUUCAUUCACUACGCGUGACAUCGACCGCAUCGCCUCUUAAUACCUCUUCCGCUGGGGCUCGCGGAUUAGAAUUCCCCCAGAAACGACCUGCGCCGCUGCAGUAGAGGGAAGGAAUCAUUCAUUCAAGGACUUGCAACAUGUGUUAUCUAACUGCCAUGAGUGAAGACUGUUGAAUCGCUUUACGGAUGCCCUGGGUUACGCUGCACUUUUCUGACGACACGCGGUCUCAUGCCACUUACCGCCUCGCCUGCCAAGUAGCCUUUUGAUAAAUCACUCGCUGGACCCCACGCACGUUUCUCCCUCCUCCGCACGUCUCUGCUGCGUCCGUGUGCCCUUGAAUGUUCACAGAAGUCUUCCGGGAAGCAAAAAGAAAAUGGAGCAAUGCACGUGUAGCAUGUGUAUGCUCAUUUUCGGACCGCGGCUUGAAAGUGCUGGCACUCUGACUAGAUGACCAAGUAAGAGAGAGUUAAAGAUGCACCAGGGUGGGGGUGAAGAUGUAACUGAAUCAUUUAUCGGCCUCGGAAUAAGGUUCUUUCUCACUCUUUCCCAGAGAUAGCUUAUAGCAUCUGUAUUGUUUGUCAAGUCCUGUGAAAUGGGAUCCGUAUUUUCUAACUUUGGGAGGAAGACCAACCUGAAUCCUUCCUCCCCAGAGUUCCUUUUCAUGGGAUUUUGCAGUCACACAACUUGAAAAAAUAAAGGUUUUCUGCUGGGACUGAAGACAAGGCGAUGGGGAACUCAAUGGGUUGUGUCAGGGCUCCAGGAGAUGCUGAACUCGUUAGAGGCCCGCCGCUGUCAUCCAAGAGGCGGCUACGUUUCAGGCGAAAGCAUAAGGGAAGGACAAACAGGAAUGCCGAUGUAGGUGGUGAGCCUCAAGCCGUCGAGACAAAGCCUUCUUUUGUAGGAACCUUGGACUCGAGCAGUGGCCCGAGCUCUCAUCUAAUGGUGUCCAAGUUGGAACAUCGUAGUGUGCGCUCUCCGGACUCUGCAGAUUCUCCCACCGGUAGUCUUCUAGGGCCUGGAAUUCCCCAAGCUCAGCAUACCCCUAAACUCAGUCCGGCCUGGAGAGGAAUUUUCUGCCUCCCCGGAGAAGACGACGCUUUCAGUGCCGUCGUUGACGUCUCCGACAUCCCCAGACAAACGACCACCGCCAGCCCGGCCUACACGGCACCACCCGUGAGCAGUACCACCACUCCGGGAGGGGGGAGGGUCUGCCGUGUUCGUGAGAAAAUCCACGGAGUCUUGGAGACACCUUGCAUAUUUGAAGACGAUAAAGCAAACAAGUGUGAGAUGACUUUGGGUGAAAGGAUAAAAAGACGGGCAGGAGAGACAUUAAAGGUAAUGCCAUCUGUAGGCGAAUACAACAGCGUGGUCCAUAUCAGAGAGGUAGAUGGGAAGCUCUGCGUGGUGAGGACGGUGUACCCCAGUGACUACGGCUCUCCGGCAUGGAGGGCUGAAAGUGAACAUGAGGUGGAGGUUCAUAGAGAGCCUGCCGCUCCGUUUCCGGGAAACAGUCUCAAAGUCCAACUAUCAGAGGACGAAGGAGACACCGACGAGGAUGCCUUCGACCGAACCCGGAUGCCGGACGAUCUCGCCGGCAAAGGCCUAGCGUCGGACACGCCGAGUCGAGCGCGAGAGCGAUGCGUUCUCUUGGAGUCGGGCUACGCCAGCGACCUGCCGCUGACCUCGCCGGAAACUGUCGUCACCACUCCCAGCCGGGCGGACUGGCAGACGCUAACCGGUAGCUCGUCGGAGAGACUGGACACGAUGGCGGAGAGUCCGCAGGCGUUGCAGCGGCAGCAGGCCGCUGACGGCCACCAGCCGCAGAUUUCCGAGAUCUACGUGUGCGGCGAUUCGGGUGACCUCACCGCCAAGGAGAAGCUGCUGCUUUGGAGCCAGCAGGCCACCGAAGGCUACCCGGGCCUCCGCUGCGUCAACUUCACCUCGUCGUGGAGCGACGGACGCAUGUUCAACGCCCUGCUGCACAGAUACAGACCCGACCUGAUCAGCAUGGAGGCGGUGUCGCAGCAGAGCAACCGUGAGAACCUGGAGCAGGCCUUCGAGAUCGCCGAGUCGCUCGGGGUGACCAGACUGCUGGACGCCGAGGACGUUGACGUCCCGUCACCUGACGAGAAGUCCGUCAUCACGUACGUCUCGUCCAUCUACGACGCCUUCCCCAAAAUCCCAGAGGGUGGCGAAGGCAUCGCCGCACACGAGGUGGACCAGCGCUGGUCCGAGUAUCAGUCCAGGUUCUCGUCUCUGCUCCAGUGGAGCCGCCAGCAAACGGCCGUCAUGGCCAACAAGAACUUCCCGCAGAAUCCAGUCGAACUCAAGGCACUUUACAACGAGUACGUCCACUUGAAGGAGACGGAGAUUCCUGCCAAAGAGCUGGAAAAAAGUCACGUGGCGCACCUCUACAAACUUCUGGAGGUGUGGAUGGAGUUUGGCCGCUUGAAGCUUCCUCAGGGCCUCCACCCCAACGACCUGGAAGAGGAGUGGGGCCGACUCAUCCUGGAGAUGCUGGACAGGGAGAAGGUUCUCCGACCCGCCGUGGACAGACUGGAGUUGCUGCUCCAGAGAGCGAACAAAUUUCAGAAGCUCGCCCUGGACUGCGAGGAGAAGCUCACCCUGGCCAAGAACACGCUUCAAGCCGACGCGUCGCGGGCCGAGAGUGGCGAGGCGCUGCGCUGCGAGAGCGAGCUGACCUGCUACCUGCGCGACUGCGAGGCGCUGGUGGCGCAAACGCAGCAGGAGCUGAACGUCCUCCGGGACGACAAAUAUUACCAAGUGGAGCAGCUGGCGUUCAGAGCCUCGUGCCUCCGGGAGGAGCUGGCGUCUCUCCGUCUGGAGUGUUCCGGCCCGUACGGGAAGGGUCGCUUCGACUCGUCCGCGGGGGGCCCGCCCCGACCCGCCGAGGGCCCCGGCCUCUCGGCGGGCCCGCGGCGGCUCCCGGCCCGCGCCGCGCCGGUGGCCGCGUCGUCGUCCGAGGACGAGGGCGGGCUGAGGUUCAUCUACGAGCUUCUGGGAUGGGCGCAGGAGACGCAGGAGCUCGCGGAAACUGCGGAAUGGGGAGCCGACCUUCCGUCGGUGGAGAAGAACCUGCGGGAACAGGAGCGCGCGCACGCGGCCGCGGAGGAGCUGGCCGGCGGCCUGCGCGAGGCUCGCGACUACGAGGCCAAAGUGUCGAGCGACUACAGGAGCAACUACUCUGAGGCGCUGGCCCAGCUGGAGCGGCAGUACGGCAAACUACUCGAGCGCUCGUCGUGGCGCCUGCGCAGCCUGGAGAGUCUGUUCGCGUUCGUGCGCGAGUGCACCGAGGAGCUGAUCUGGCUGAACGAGCGCGAGGAGGACGAGAUCGCCUUCGACUGGAGCCACAACAACAGCGACAUGGACGCCAAGCGCGAGUUGUACAGCGAGUUGCGACGCGAGCUGGACCACAAACGCGGCGUGAUGCGCUCCCUCCAGGAAACGGCGCGGCGCCUGUGUCAGGAAGAGCAUCCCGCCAAGCACACUGUGGAGGCGUACGGCGCCGCGCUGCAGACGCAGUGGCGGUGGGUGGAGCAGCUGUGCGUGUGCGUGGAGCGGCACCUGAACGACAACACGCCGUACUUCCGCUUCAUGAGCGACGCGCGCGACUGCGAGUCGUACCUGCGGCAGCUGCUGGAGAGCAUCAGGAGGAAGUACGCCUGUGACAGGAACAGCCGCCUCAGCAGGCUGGAGGACCUGCUGCAGGACUCCAUGGAGGAGAAGGAGCAGCUGAUCGAGCAGCGCGGCAAAGUCGCCAGCCUGGUGAGCCGCGCCAAGACGCUGGUGCAGCUGCGGCCCCGCUGCGCCGACUGCCCCCUGGUGGCGGCCACGCCCGUCCGCGCCGUCUGCGACUACAAACAAAUAGAGACAAACGUUCAGAUCACGAUAACGCGCGGCGACGAGUGUGUGCUGGAGGACAACGGGCAGCGCAGCAUGUGGAAGGUGAUCAGCCCCACGGGCAACGAAGCCACGGUGCCCUCCGUCUGCUUCACCGUGCCGCCGCCCAAUCGGGAGGCCGUGGAGGCCGCCGGCAGGACGGAGCAGUUGUACCAGCAGGCGAUGUCGUCGUGGCACCAGCUGCACGUCGACAUGAAGAGCGUCGUCUCCUGGCACUACCUCCUCAAAGACCUCGACGCCGUCUCCCAGUGCAACCUGGACACGGUCCGCAACCGGUCGCCGUCGGAGCGCCAGCGGGUCGUGGACCACCUGGACUCCCGUCUGUCCGACUUCCUGUCCGACAGCAGAGAGAGUUCGCUGUUCGCGCCGGCCGAGCGGAGCCGGCUGGAGGCGGACGUGCGGGGGGCCCGGCAGCGCUGCCGCGACCUUCUGCUCGACGUGGAGAGCGAGGAGAAAGACGAGGCGGCGUGUCGCUCGUUCGUGUCGGAGCUGCGGGACGUCGGCCUGCGACUCGACGAGUCCGAGCGCGGCCUGAUCGCCGCCGUUCAGACGGCCGGUCGGUCGGCCGACGGCAGCGCGGAGAACGCCGUCAGGGUAGCCGAGCAGGAGAAGCUGAUGUCCGAGCUGGACGCGCUUCGCUCCAGCACGGGCGACGUGUCUCGGCGCUGCGUGGCCUUCUUGGAGGACAAGGCGGCGGCGGCGGCGGCGGGCGUGGCCGCGCUGCGCUCGGAGCUCAACCGGACCGUGGAGAAGACGGACAAGCUGCACCACCUCUCGUCCGUUUUCCUGCAAAAAUUAAAAACGGUGGACGUGCUGCUGCGCUGCCUGGAGGAGGCGGAGAGUCACAUCGGCAAGUACGAGAGCAGGCUGAGCGAGGAGGACGUCCUUCCGGCGGACACGGCGGCCGUUCGAAGGCUCAGAGAUCAAUUGGGGACGUGGCAACGCGAGCUGUCCGAGCGGGAGGUCGUCUUCCGGUCCCUGCGGUCGGACGUCCUGCGGGCCGACGAGGCGGCGUCCCGGCUCGCCGUCCUCCGCCCGGACCGCGGCGCCGAGCCGGAGCGCUGCCGGGAACGAGCCGAUCGGGCGGCGGAGCGGUGGGAGGCUGUCAAGAAGCAGAUGGAAACGCGGCGGGCAGAGCUGGAGGGGAUCGCUCGGGUUCUGCAGCAGUACAGAGCCGGCCGCUCGGAGCUGACGGCGUGGAUCGACGAGACCACGCGGCGGCAGGAGAACGCGCCGGCCGGCGACGCCGACAGCAAGACGCUCUCGGAGCAGCUGGCGCAGCAGACGGCUUUGGUCACCGAGAUCGAAGAAAACCAGAGCAAACUCGACGAGUGCCAGAUUCACUCCAAACGAUACUGCGCCUCCGUCAAGGACUACGAGCUUCAGCUGAUGACCUUCAGAGCCUUCGUGGAAUCCACGCACAAGUCGCCGGUCAAGAGGAGGAGGACGCACUCUUCCUCCGACGCCGUCGCUCAAGAGUUCAUGGACCUGCGCACGCGCUACACGGCCUUGGUCACGCUGACAACGCAACACGUCAAAUACAUCAGCGACGCCCUCAGGCGACUCGAAGAAGAAGAGAAAGAGACGGAGGAGGAGAAGCAGGCCCGAGCGGGUCAGGUGUCGGACCUGCUGGCUUGGAUCGGAGGCCUCCGGGGACGGGCCGCCGAGUCCUCGCUCGCUGCGCAACAGGCCACCAACGAGCAACUGGCCGCCAAGAAAGACGACGUGGCCGAAGCCGUCAGGAGCGCGCGGGUCUUCCUCCUCUCCAAACGGGCCGCCAAGCUGUCGACGGACGAGCGCGCCCUCGCGGAGGCGCAGCUGGACCGGCUGACGUCCGCCUACCGCGAUGCGUGCGAGGCCUCCGCGCAGCAGAUGCGGCAACUGGCCAGGGAGGAGGAGAGGAAGAUUCCACGCUGCGUCGCCGGCGUGAUCGACCUGGGAAGCGUGGAAACCUUCCCGGUGUUCCAAGCUGCCCGGCGGGGUCUGAUUGACCGGGACACGGGUCGAGUACUGCUGGAGGCCCAGCUCGUCACCACGGGGAGGCUCCUCUCUCCCGACGCCCCCCUCGGGCUCUCCCUGGAUCAAAGUCUUACCCGAGGCUCGAUCGACGCUCACACCAGGCAGUCCCUCUCGGAACUGGAGAACGCUCUGCUCCUGGCGGAAACGGCGACCGGUGGCCAGCAACCGAAUGUGCACGCGCUCGCUACGGCCGUGGACUCUGGAAUCGUCCGAGAGGAGGUAGGACUACGUAUUCUCGAACUCCAAAUGCGAGAGGACUCGAAGCUCUUGUCGUCCAGGAGCCUUCAGGCCAAGCUUGAGUCCAGGCUUCAACGUAAAGAGCUGAUUGAUCCAAACACAGCUGAGAAAGUAAACCUUCCCGAGCUGCUUCGACGCUGCGUCCCGGAUGACGGCUCGGGUCUUCUCCUGCUUCCUGUCAAACAGCAACCCGGCGGAAGCGUCUGCCUCCGCUCCGGUAGAAAAGUUGGCAUCUUCCGCGCCAUAGAGGAAGGCCUGAUCGAUCGGCAAGUGGCCGAGCGGCUCCUGGAUGCUCAGCUGUUUGCCGGUGGGAUCGUGGACCCCCGAUCUGGACACCGACUGACUGUUCACGAGGCGGUCCGUCACGGACUCAUGGACCAGGACCUGGCAUGCUGCCUGUUUGUGCGCCAGCUCAAAAAUGGUGGGAUCCUUGACCCUGUAACUGGAGAACGUUUGGAUGUGGAGGAGAGUAUUGACCGGGACCUUCUCUCCUCUUGUAUGGCUUUGUUGGUCCUUGAGUCCCUCUGGACAUUCAUGGGAAUGCUCUGGCCUGAAUCUGGUGAAGUUCUGUCCAUUGUGGAGGCUCUUCAGCAAGGGGUUAUCACAGCAGAGCUGGCACGAAACAUCCUCAGGCAGCGGAAUUCUGUUGGAGCACUGUACAACUUGGAAAGUCUCCAGUUGCUGCCCUUCGAAGAAGUCCUGGAUGCCAGUGUCGUCCAUAUUCUCAAAGAUAUCCGUUUGCCAGAUGUUCUCCUCAACACGAACCCGUCGGGCACGCCAUCUCUGAACCGCCUGAGUUGGGGUUCUUCAGGCUCCUCGCCUCUUGCUGCUUCUCCUGCCAGCCUCACGUGGGAUGCCGUGGCAGCAGACGGGACGGAUGCCGACCAGCAAGCGGAGCACAAGCUGCUCUUUCAUCUCAUGACUCGCAGCUAUGUGGACGCACACUCCGGGAAACGCAUAGUGCUUUUUGAGCCCGAGUUACUGGAGUUGGUUAAUGCAAUUCAGUUGAAGGCUGGAGACACGGACAGCAGAGGCAAAGUUAAGACUUUUGGCAGUUUCACCACACAAAAUGAUGUGGUCAAAGCGUUGACUUUGAUGCAAAAACAGAUUACUGACAGACAAACUGAGGCAGAAGUAGGAACUUCCAGUAGAGUCACACAAAACAAAGACUUUAAGUCUAGUAGCACAAACGGACAACGAGACAGUGAUGAAGCUAAACCUGAAUCCUUGGCAAUUGUUGGGAUUAAUUUAGACGGAUCAUCAGAAACUGUAGUAGAUAAAAGCAUAAGAGAUGAAGAGAAAGGACUAUCUCGUCUUGAAAGUUCAACAGAAAAGCUCAAAAGUCUUGAAGAGAAAUCUGAAAGGGUCACAAAAGACGAAGUUGCAGCUGAAUCCAAGGUUUUACAGACAGCACUUGAGUCAGAAAAUAUUGAAAACAUUUUAAUAGGUUCUAUAAAUGAACAUUGCUAUUUCAAGCAUUUGCGGAAACCUGACGGGGUUGAAUCCGAGCAGCUAAAUCAGGAAGUCUCAAAGUUGGACAAACCUGUGGUUGAUAUCCCUGAAUCUGCAUCUGGGGAGGAGGAUGCUGAACUGUCAAGGUUGGUCUCUGACCUCACUAAGGGUGGUCUGAUGAUGGAAGACGGGGAAAUGUUGCUCCCAGAUGAAGCGGUCGCUCGGGGCAUCCUUCCCGGUCACACUGCGGUCAAAUUAAUGGCUCGUGUAGGAUUGUUUGGUGGUUUCCUCGACCGUAGAAGCGGUGAGUCGCUGAGCAUAGAUGACGUCAUGCGGGAAGGUUUACUAGAUGAGGAUCUGAUGUGGAGUGUCCUGAAGUCGGAUAAAACACUUGCAGGGAUCGUGGAUGUGGAGAAAAAUCUGAUCUGUGGGGUGAGGGAGGCAGCUCAGGCUGGUUUGAUUGAUGCCAACACUGCAACUCGAUUGCUCGAAGCCCAGGUGGCGUCUGGAGGUAUUGUAGAUCUCCGCAGGGAUAAGAAAGUCUCUGUCAUUUUAGCGUCAAACCUUGGGCUGAUAGAGGGAGCUCAAAGAGAACAACUAGUAGCACUAGAGAGGGCCUACAAAGGAAAGGUGACCGGGACUGAAGUAGCCCUCACUAAAGCCAGUUUACAGCUACAGAUGGAAGGUGUUAUUGACCCAGAGACUGCGUGUCCCGUUCCUCUGGACCAAGCCAUUGCGAAGCGCUUAAUAAACCCCAAACAUGCAUAUCAGGUGUUGCUCAGACAGGUAGCCGAGGGCGGCAUAAUCCAUCAUGCUUCAGGAAUGAGGCUGUCGGUGUCUGAUGCUGUAGGCAGAGGUCUCGUCGAUCGAUCCCUCGCUCCUGGCUUGGAGGAGAUGGAGUGGGCUUACCAAGGAAAAGGCAGCUCCUCAAACACGGAGGCUGUGGCUUUACAAUUAUCAACUGGAGCAAUUUUUGACCACCACGCUGGCUGUAAAGUCACAUUGAGCCAGGCUGUUGCUCGGGGUCUUCUGGACGAGGAUGUUGGAAGUGAAGCCGUGGCUAUAGGUGCAGCAACACAAGGGGUGGUUGACCCCCAAACCGCUCUGAUUGUGCCUUACUCGGACCUUGUGAGAAAGGGUAAAAUAGACGUUGAGACGGGCAAGCGAUUUUUGGAAGUGAAACCAUUCAGCGGAAUUGAGAACACGCAAACAAGAAGCCGCAUGACUUUUCCUGAAGCUUUGGCUGCUAAACAAGUUGACCCAAUUCCUGCUCUGAGACUGCUCCAAAGCCAGGCAGACAGCGGUGGCAUUGUUGAUAUCACCACUGGAGAAAGACUUCCUCUACCAGAAGCUACUGAAAAUGGUUUAGUCUCGGAGGAUAUGGUCUUAGAAAUUGCCACCGACCAGAUUAUGAAAGGCGGGCUCGUUAAUCCAGUAACUGGUCAACGAGUGUUAAAUCUCAGCGACGCGGUUGCUUUACGGCUGAUUUCCGGUCACGUGGCUUCAGAAAUCCAGAAAAAAUGGUCUCCUUUGGAGAUAAAAAUUGAUGACGAUAGUUCACCUACUAUCACUUCGUCACAAAGCGCAAAGAGCACAGUUAGCCCUGAGGUGCCUUUAUGGGAUGAUGGAGAGGCUUUGACCUCUGCAGAACCUAUUGAUGUCAUGACUGAAGUAGACAAGUCACUGGAGCCGGACAAGUCCAUUGACCUUUUGAGGAACUUUGCUGCAAAUGUUGAAAAGAGAAUCCAGCAAGCCAUAGAGGAGGCCGUACCGCAGAUCGGUACAGCAGAGAAGAUUCCGAAGCCAAAGCCUGUAGAUAAAUUACAAAUCUGCGCAGUUGAACAAAAAGGACGCAUACCUGAAUGUUUGUUUUCGGAAUCGAUUCAAGCACAUGACACAGAUUUUGACAACGGUGUUAAGGAUGAAGACGAGGACAAGUCAGAUGGGAUACCUGAGAAGUUGCAGUUUAAAUCUAGUGAUGAGAAAAGUAUGUCAGUCCAAGACUUUCAUGGUUCGCUGACGGACUCCAGAACAGCUGACAAGGAGGAAGAGCGCACGAAUCCAUGUUACGAAAAAAGCAGGUUGAGGGGGGAUGCUGUAGUGAGGGACGAGGGGGAAAGGGAGAAGAUUUUGAACUUUGAAACGGAGGGUCCUGCCAUGGAGCAGCAGGAACUGGUGUUGGAGGAGUCCAUACUGCAGAUCGGUGGUGCAGGGAAGAUUUACAAACCAACAGCUGCGGAUAAACUGCAGAUAAGUCAACAGAGCACUGAUGGACAAAAAGAAAGUAUACCUGAAGGUUUGGUUACAGAAUCGAUUCAAACGUGUGACUCCGAUGUCCACAAAGGUGUUAAGGAAGAGGAGAGAGGUAAGCCUGAGAUGUUACAGUGCAGUUCCAGCGAUGAGAGCAGUACUUCGCCCCAAGACGGCGAUGGUCUGUUGACUGACUGUGGAACAGCGAAGCACACGGGUGGCAAAGACGAAGAGCAAGUAAAACAAAGUGACAAGGAACGUAGGAUGGGGGAUGUCGUAGAGAGGAACGACGGUGAAAGACAGAAUACUUUGAGCAUUGAAACCGGAGCUAGGAAGGUUCCUAAAUCAUUGGCUGCGGAUCAAUCGCAAAUAAGUCAACAGCACAAAGCUGUACAAAAAGAAAGCAUUCCGGAAAGUCUGGUUGAACAAUCAAUUCGGGUACAUGGCGAAGAUGGUGACAAAGUUGUUAAGGAAAAGGACAGACAAAAGUCAGAUGGGAAACCUGACAAUUUGCUCUCUAGAUCCAAUGAUAAGACCGGUACAUCGGUCCAAGACGAAGAUCGUCCACCGUUCCAUUCCAGAACUGAAUGCAUCGGUGACAAAGAAAAAGAACAUGUGAAACCAAGUGAAACCAAGGAACAUAGAAUGGGGAAUAUUGUAGAAGGGAACCAUGCCGAAAGUGAGAAUAUUUGGAGCUUUGAAACUGAGGCUCCUUCUGCCGUAGGCCAGGAAGAGCCACUGUUGGAGGGGUCUUUGGCCAAAGAAAGCAAAACCAAGAAAAAGAAGAGAAGUAAAAAGAAGGCAAAAAUGACCGAGGAUAAAUGUAAAACACAGCAAACGGAAACAAAACCGCCACCUGAGAUUUAUCAGCCGGAGAAAGCAUUGCCAACUCAUGGCAAGACGGUUGGACUGUAUCAAGUAGACAACACUGAAGGAGAAGCUGAACCACAUGCCGUAAAACAGCAUCCCCGAGAUAAAGAACUUGGCCAUGUGAAAGCUGCAGCCCCCUUGCUUGAGAACACUGACAAGAGAAACGGAGUUGAAGACCCUCAGUCCGUCCUGUCUCAACUAGAACAAUCAGCCAGCAGUCAGGAGGUGGGUGGAAACAGCGAGCAGCAGUCUCCUCUAAUGUCGAGUCCGCCGGACGAGCAGAAGGCCUCCAUGAAGCUAAAAGCUGGAGAGAGCAACCUCAAGAAGGUGUUUGAGGCCAGGGUUAGCGACAAGAAGGCUGUUGAGGAAGUCCAGGAGACAGAGACCACAGAAACUCUCGAGAGUGGUGACAACACGAGACCGAGGAGUGAGGAGGAGGACAAACUAGAACCGGCAGGCAGCAAAGUCAAGGCAGAUGUUUCUUUCAAUGAGGCCUUCGAGAAGGAUCGGCUUCCAGCUGUCAAGCCUGCGGAAAGUAAACGAAGUAAGAAGAAGUGUAAGCGUUUGAAAGCUCAGCCUGCCAAUGACAAUUUACAGACUGAUCAGGAAGAGGAUUCUAAGUUCACAACAGAAAUCGAUUCAAAUAGCUCACGUGUGAGUCCGUCAACCGGUGGCGACAAGGAGAUAAUGCAAACCUGUACAAUAAGUUCAAGUCCACCAAAGAGACACACUUCUUACCCCGAGGAAUCAAUACGUUACGCUCCUGAAGAAAAGCUUUCACGCAAGACAAACGUUGGUGAUUCUCAUGAAGAAGUCGUAUGCCAACCGCAUGAGCAUAUUCAGUCUGAGCCAGAAGAAGACAAGAAUGAGCACGGACCAGCUGAAGCUGCAACUAGCAAAGGGCUUGAAGUUGAGUCUCCGCAAACUGCACCUCUCCUCUCAGAAGAGGCUUCUCCCGACUCCGGAUCAGCUGGACUUCCUACGGCACUUCCAGCUUUUGACAGUCGAGGAGCAGAAGAUGACGACGGAGAUGUCAUUUCAAGCCGAGAUGAAGUGGCCUCCGCUUCUGGCAAGUCAUCCCUAGUGCGUCAGGAUUGCCUGGAGCACGACCAGAGGAUCAUGGCGUUGAUGUCCGCGGUCAGACGCGUGGAGGUCGGACUCGAGCAGCAGCAGCGGCGGCGGCAAUCGGUCGGACGCGGCCUCGUCGCCUCGGAUGACAUCAUCGGGCAUACACAGGUUCUGGACGUGGAGCUUCGAGACCUGGAGCCCGAGAUCGCCGCAGAAAUGAAGGCUGCCCAGAAGCUCUUGACGCCGCACCCCAGAGAUGUUCCUCCUGAGCUCCUCGCGGCUCUGGAGAAGGACCGGCAGAGCUUGACACGAGCGUACCAGGCGGCCAGAACACUUUCUGAGGACAUCCUGCGAAGCCUGCGAGACCACAGGGAUUCAUACAAGGAGGCGGUAGAAGCCGAGUUGAAGUCACUCGCAGGACGAGUGGAGGUUCUGCUGUCCUGGUUGAGAGACACCGAGGCGCUUGUGAAUGACGAAAGUGAAAAUACGGAGGUGGACGAUCAGUUGCGUCUCUCCGAGGAGCUUCAGUCCAGCCUGACGUCGCGUUCCGGCGACGUGGCCCGAGCGGCCUCGGACGUCCAGGUUUUCGUCUCGGAGCGGGCGGGCGACCUGGCGCCGCAGCAGAGCGAGCGCCUCCUGGGGCAGCUGCAGCAGCUGCAGGGGGCCUUCCGCAGCGCGGCGGAGCGAGCUCGCGCCCGGGCCGCCGCCCGGCGGGAGCGUGACGGCGACCGGCGCCGUCGGCAGGAAAGGAGAGUCGACGUCGAGGAGAAGCUGAAGGAGAGAGAGGUGAUCCAGCAGCAGAAAACGGAAUGUUCUCGCCAGUUGGAAGGUCUCAGCUCCUGGUUGGCGGGACCCGCCGCCGUUCUGGCCAAUCAGAGAUCAGAAUCGGCAGCGGACUCGGACGAUGUGAACGUCCUGCGAGAAAAGCAGAAGAAGUUAAAGGAAGUGCAGAAGGACCUCCGGGCCAGAGCGGAGGACACGGCCGAGGCCGUCCGCUCGGCGGAGGACUUGCUGGCCCAGCGAGGAGAAAGCUUGAGCGCGGAGGAGCGAGAGGGCCUGCGGGUGGCGCUAGCGCGGCUGAAGGAGCAGUACGCGGCCCUGACGGAGGCGGCCGGCGCGUCCGUGUCGGAGGUGGACGCCGCCAUCGACGCCACGCUGCAGCACAACAUGCAGAGGGCUAAAGCCUUUGAGGAUCUUCAGCAGACCCAAGACCAGAUGGACUCCCUGCUGAAGGACUUGACCGCCGCUCACCAAUCAGCAGCUGAAGAUGUCACCGACCUGUCGUCCACGCAGCCCGACGCCGCCGUCACGUCCCACACGGGGGCGCUGCAGACUGAACUCCGGCGACUGCAGGCUCAGCAGGCCCAGCUUCUCCAAAUCGGCCAAUCGGCGCGCACGCUGCUGGACCGGCCCGACUCCACGGUUCCUCCCGAGGAGAAGCGACGUCUGCGGGCCGCGCUGGACCAGCUGCAGGCUGAGCACCAGCAGAAGCUGCACAGUUGCCAGGAGCGACUGAGGAAGUCGGAGGCGCUGAAGGAUGAGCUGUCCAAGUUUCUCCAGGAGCACGGCGCUCUGGGCGCCUGGCUGGAGCAGAGCGAGCUGGAGCUCAGAUGUUUGGGGGAAGGAGAAACGGACGCUCAGGAACUGAAGAGCAGACUGGACCAGCACACAAAGCUGGCCGAGGACGUCAUCUGCCACAAGGCCGACCUGCGCUUCGUCUCCAUCUCGGGUCAGAAGGUUCUGGACUCCUGCGCGGGGGCCCUGGAGGCGCGGUGGGGCGCCGCCACCGAGCGGCUGGUGACCGACAAGCUGCACGACGCCAACCACAGAUAUACCUCGCUUCAUGCCAAGUCGUCAGAUUUGGGCGGGCGCCUGUCGGGCCUGCUGGAGCGCUACCAGCGCUACCGGGACGAGGUGGUCUCGCUCCACUCGUGGCUCAGCGCCCAGGAGCAGAACCAAAGCGUCGCCAAGCCCGGCGGAGACACCGACGCCCGGAACCUGCAGGACACCCUGCGGCGAGUCCAGCUGCUGCAGGACGAGCUGGCCGAGCGCUCGGUGCAGUUGGAGAAGGUGAAGCGAGCCGGGAGAGUUCUGGUCAGCGCGGACGAGUCUCCCUCCCUGAAGGCCGUGGACGUCCUGGGUGCCGCAGACGGUUUAGAGAAGAGGUUCUCGUCGCUGUCGGCGUCCGUGUCGGAGCGGGCCGAGCGGCUUCAGACGGCCGUGGCCCAGUCGGUGAGCGUGCAGGAGGGCUUGAAGGCGCUGCUGGCCUGGCUCGACACGCUGGAUCCGGACCCCGCGCCCGUGCAGCCCACGGUGCUGGCGCUCCAAGACGCCCUCACCCGCAACCAGAAACUUCGACAGGAGCUCCUUUCCCGCCAGGGCAGUGUGGAGGCCACGCGAGACUCCGUCUCCAAGCUGCUCCAGAGCCCCGAGGCCUCCACCGCUUCGGGCCUGCAGGGGGCGCUGGACGAACUGACGCGGAGGUUCGCCGCCGCCCAGGUCAGCCAAGCCGGGCGGGAGGUCGAGCUGAAGGCGCUGCUGCCCGGGCUGGAGAGCUUCGAGCGGCUGGCGGCCGACCUGCGGGUUUUCGUCAGCGGUCGCGCCAAGGCCCUGAGCCCGGCCGGGCAGCCCGACCGCAGCGUGGACGACUACAGGCAGGCUGUGGAGGAAGUGAAGUCGGCGCUGCAACAGGAAGCGCCUCAGCUCGAGUCCUUCUGCGGCCUGGCGGAAGAAGUCUGCACGUCCCGAGUUUUGGGUGACACGCAAAACCUCCGGCACCACGUCGAGACCGUGUCGGAUGACUUCCAGCGGCUAGAAGACGACGUCAACCAAAGACUGGAAGCCAUUUCGGCCUGCGAGCAGCAGCUGCUCCACUUCCGGGGGCUCUCCGGCGCCCUCCUCAGGUGGCUGCAGGCGGCGCAGGAGCAGCUGCCCGCCAAGGAGCUCGCCCUGGACACGGAGGCGCUGCAGAGGCGAGUGGAGCAGCUCCAGGAGCUGUUGGAGGAGUGGGAGUCGCAGGCGUCCAGGGUGCAGGAGUUGAACAAGAGCGGCUCUGAGCUAGAGGCGCAAGUCAUUGACAUCACGGCGCCGCAGAGCAAACGCGGUGCUCCCCAAAUGAACGGCUCCGCGGGUCCCGGCAGCGUCAACGGCAUUCAUACUUGUAAAGACCUGACGGAGAUCCAGGCGGCCGUGUCGGACGUCAGCGCGCGGCACGAGGCCCUGGGCGCCGACCUGACGGAGCGCCUGUGCCGCCGGAGGGCCUCGCUGGAGCAGAGGCGGCGAGCCGGGCGCGGAGCCGACGAGCUGCGCCGCUGGCUGAAGGACAAAGAGGAGACCCUCGCGCUGGAGCACGCCGCCUCGCCGUCCAAGCCGGAGGUGGUGCGUGCGCAGGCCCAGGAGAACAAGGCGCUGCUGUCGGAGUUGGCCGAGCGCUCGGCCCAGGUGGAGGAGCUGAAGGGAACCCUGAAGAAGCUCAUCGCCGACAACCCCGAUUCCCCCGAGGCCGACGCCUGGAAUCGACAGCUGCGGGAGAUCGACGCCCGCUGGCUCUCGGCCAAUCAGACGGCGUCGCGGCGCCAGGCGGAGUUGGAGGCGCGCGCCGACCGGCUGGGCAGCUUCGCGGCGGCGGCCGCUCAGCUGGGCCCGUGGCUGCGCGAGAAGGAGCUGAUGAUGAGCGUGCUGGGACCGCUCAGCAUCGACCCCAACAUGCUCAACACGCAGCAGCAGCAAGUCCAAUUCAUGCUGCGAGAGUUCGAGACCCGUCGCCAGCAGUUCGACCAGCUCACCCAGUCUGCCGGGGGCAUCCUCUCGCAGACGCGGGAUCCCAAGGAGCUGGAGGAGGUCCGUACCGAGCUGGACUCUGUCUCCCGACAGUGGCGCGAGCUGACGGGCGAGCUGGACCGCCGCUCGGAGCAGAUCGGCCGGGCGCGGGGCACCAGCGAGCGUUACCGGGCGCUGUUGCACGAGCUCUCGGCGAGCGCGGCGGCGCUCGGCGAGCGCCUGGACGGCCGGGCCGAGCUCAGCGCCUGUCCCGAGGCGCUGAGGCGGCGCCUGCGGGAAACGGGCGAGAUCCGCUCGGAGCUGGAGAGGCGCCGCGGCGAGCUGGCCCGGGCCGAGCGGCUGUGCGAGGAGCUGAGCGCCAUUGUGGCCGAGCCUUACCUGAAGGACGAGCUGAAGAAGCGGCUGGCGAGCGUCAGCGCGCCGCUCAAAAGCCUGGAGGAACGCGCGGCGGACGGCCUGUCUCAGCUGCGGGCCGCGCUGUCCUCCACGCAGCAGUUCCAGCAGAUGUUCCAGGACGUGCGCUCGUGGCUGGACCGGCAGGCGGAGCUCAGGGACCCGUCGCCGGACGCGCUGCCCUGUCGUCCCGAGGCCGUCCGCUCCCUGCUGUCCGCCGCCGCCGACCUCCGGCGCGCCGUCGCCGCCCAGGGCGGCUCCUACGAGCUGAUCCGCGCCGAGGGCGCGUCGCUGCUCGCCGCCCUUCCCGCCGGCGGGGAGGAGCGCGCCGCCCUGCAGUCCCGCCUGGCCCGCUUGCGGCAGGACUGGGAGGACGUCAACGGGAGACUCUCAGAGCGGGAAGACCGACUGAAAAGCACCCUGAGCGAGGCGGAAAGCUACCGGCGGCACAAGGCUGAGUUUACCGCCUGGCUGGACGAACGCGAGGAGAAGGACGCGGAGAUCCGGCCGUCGCUCGACUCGACGGGUCUGGAUGAGGCCCUGCGCAAGGCCAGGGGGCUCGCCCUGGACCCGGAGAGGCGGCAGCCCCUGCUGGAAGCCUUCAACGCGGCCGCCGACCGGCUCCUGGAGCAGUGCUGCGUCGGAGACGACGAGGUUCGAGACGAGAAGACGCAGCUGAACCGACGUCUGGACGCGCUGGCCGAGCGUCUCCUCGGUCGCACGUCGCGGCUGGAGGAGCUCUCGGGCCGCCUCAAGGAGUUCGAGGAAGGUCGGCAGGCGGCGGAGAGACGCCUGGAGGCCGCCGAGCACCAGAUCGAAGUCCAGGAGGCUUUAGGACCUCAGGCCUGCAGCGCCAAGAGCCUGGAGAGGCUGAGGAGCCAGCAGGAGACCCUGGCGUGCCUGCAGCCCCGGGUGGUCUACCUGCGGGACCUGGCUCAGGGGCUGGCGCAGGACGCCCCCCUCGGGCCGGGCGGCGGCGCUCAGGGGCUGCAGGACCGGGCCGAACACACCCAGAGGCAGUUUGACCACGUCAGCGCCAAGCUGGAGCGGUGUUGCUCCACGCUGGAGUCGCGCCUGCACGGCGUGGGCGAGGUGCAGUCGCACGUGCGCGACGUCUUCUCGCGCCUGGGCGACCUGGACGACGAGCUGGACGCGCUGGGCCCCGUCGGGCGCGACGCCGACUCGCUGGCCUCGCAGGCGGACGCGCUGGGCGGCUUCCUGUCGCGUCUGGCCGCCCUCCGCGCCGAGCUGGAGGCGCACGCCGCCGAGUGCGCGGCCAUGCUGCGGCUCGAAGGUUCCUCGCCCGACCUGCUGGCUCUCAGGCGCGAGACGGAGGCGCUCGGGCGCCAGGCCGGAAAGCUGAACGAGCGCGGCCAGGCGCGUCUGGCGCGGAUCCGGGACGCCUCCGAGCGGGUGGGCGACUUCUACCGGCUGGCGGGCGAGCUGCGAGGCCUGCUGGGAGCCGCCGAGGAAGGUCUGGACGCGCAGGGCGUCGUGGGCUCCGAGGUGGACGUCAUCGAGCGGCAGCUGAAGGACUUCAAGGCUCUGGAGCGAGAGCAAGUGGACGGCGUUCAGGCCAAGCUGCAGCACAUCAACGCGGUGGGCCAGGGUCUGAUCCAAAGCGCCGCCAAGAACACGGACACGCGGGCCCUGGAGCACGACCUGGACCAAACCAACCAGACGUGGAACUCGCUCAACAAGAGGGUGGCGGAGAGGAUUGCUCGGCUGCAGGAGGCCCUGUUGCAUUGUGGGAAAUUCCAGGACGCCCUGGAGCCGCUGCUCAGCUGGCUGAGCGACACGGAGGAGCUGGUGGCCAAUCAGAAGCCGCCGUCGGCCGAGUACCGCGUGGUCAAAGCCCAGAUCCAAGAGCAGAAGCUGCUCCAGAGGCUGCUGGACGACCGGCGGCCCACCGUGGAGAUGAUCCGCGCCGAAGGCGAGCGCAUCGCCGGCGACGCCGACGCUCAGGACCGAGAGAAGAUCCGGAACCAGCUGCGCGCUCUGGCCCAGCGGUGGAGCGACCUCCUGCGCGAGGCCGGAUCCAGGCAGAGGCAGCUGGAGGAGCUGCAGGUGCUGGCGCUGCACUUCCACGAGGCUCUGGAGCCGCUGGGCGAGUGGCUGAGCGCCACCGAGAGGCGCCUGAGCUCCGCCGAGCCCACGGGAACCCAGGCGGCCGAGAUCGGCCAGCAGAUCGUCAGGCACAAGGCCUUCCGAGACGACGUGCGCGCCCGCGAGUCCGACGUGGCCCGCCUGCGUUCCCUCAGCCAAUCGCUGGCCCCGCUCAGCUGCGCGUCGGACCGCGAUUGGCUGGGCGAGCGCGCGGAGGCGGUGCGCUCUGGCCACGCCCAGCUUUCCGAGCGGUGCGCGCGGCGGGAGGCGCUGCUGGAGCAGGCGCUGGCCAACGCGCGGCUCUUCGGCGAGGACGAGGUGGAGGUGCUCAACUGGCUGGCCGAGGUGGGCCAGAGGCUGGCGCAGGUGUCGGUGCGGAGCUACCGGCCCGACGUUCUGGCCGAGCAGCACGAGCGCACGCUGUCUCUCAACGAAGAGAUUGUGAGCAGGAAGACGACGGUGGACCAGGCCGUCAAGAACGGACAAGCGCUACUCAAGCAGACCACAGGCGAGGAGGUUCUGCUGAUCCAGGAGAAGCUUGACAGCAUAAAGUCUCGCUACGCCGAGAUGACGACGGGCAGCGGCAAAGCUCUGCGCACCCUGGAGCAGGCCCUGCAGCUGGCCACGCGAUUCGCCGGCGCCCACCGCGACCUCAACGAAUGGCUGGACGGCGUGGAAGCCGAGCUCGACGACGCGGAGCCCGACGCGGAGCCCGCCUACCAGGAGCGACAGAAGGAGCUGAAGAACGCGUCGGCCGAGAAGCGGCUGGUGUUGGACACCGUCAACGAGGCGGGCGGCGCCCUGCUGGAUCUGGUGCCCUGGCGCGCGCGCGAGGGCUUGGACCGGCUGAUGGCCGACGCCAACCAGCGCUACCGCCGGGCCGACGACACCGUCACGCAGAGGGUGCGGCUCGUGCAGGCCGCCAUCCAGAGGUCGCAGCAGUACGAGGAGGCGGUGGAUGCGGAGCUGGCCUGGGCGGGCGAGACGGAGCGCAAGCUGGCGUCGCUGGGCCCGCUGAGCCUGGAGCCCGACGUGACCGUGGCCCAGCUGCGGGUCCAGAAGGCCUUCAACAUCGACAUCAUCCGCCACAAGGACGCCGUGGACCAGCUGCUGGCCACCAGGGACGACAUCCUGGAGACGUGCGGCCACGCCCAGAAGGACGCGCUGACGGCGAAGACGGACUCCCUGAGCGCCCGCUACGACGCCGUCAACCGGAGCCACAGCGAGCGCUUCGCGGCCCUGGAGCAGGCUCAGGCGCUGGCGGCCCGCUUCUGGGAGACCCACGAGGAACUGGAGCCGUGGCUGGGCGAGACCGAGACCCUCGUCGGCCGGCUGCCGCCGCCCGCCGUCGACGCGGACGCCCUUCGCCUGCAGCAGGACCAGAUGAGGCUGCUGAGAGAGUCCAUCGCGGAGCACAAGCCGCACAUCGACAAGCUCCUUAAAAUCGGACCCGCGCUGGCCGAGCUGAGCGCGACGGAGGGCCCGCGGGUGACGCGGUGCCACGCCGAGGCCGAGCGCCGCUACCUGGCCGUCAAGGAGGAGGUGAAAGGUCGCGCGGCGCUGCUGGACGAGGCCGUGUCGCAGUCCGCUCAGUUCCACGACAAGAUGGACCCCCUGCUGGAGACGCUGGAGGCGGCCGCGCAGCGCCUGCGUCAGCCUCCGCCGGUGGCGGCCGAGGUGGACAAGAUCCGCGAGCAGCUGGGCGAGCACCGGACGCAGGGCCUGGAGCUGGACAAACUGCUGCCCAGCUUCUCCGCCCUCUGCGCCCGAGGAGAGGAACUCAUCGGCCGGGCGGCCCACGACGACCCGGCCGCCCGCGCCGUCCACUCCCGCUUGCUACGUCUGCGCUCGCUGUGGGACGAGAUCCGCCAGCGGGCCGAGGAGCGCGAGAGCAAACUCGACGACGUGCUGGACCUGGCCGGCAAGUUCUGGGCGGACGUGGCGGCGCUGCUGAGCACGCUGCGCGACUCGCAGGACAUCGUCAAGGAGCUGGAGGACCCCGGCGUGGACCCCUCGCUCAUCAAGCAGCAGAUCGAGGCGGCCGAGGCCAUCAAGGCGGAGACGGACGGUCUGAGGGAGGAACUGGAGUUUGUCAGGACCCUCGGGGCAGACCUCAUCUUCGCCUGCGGAGAAACCGAGAAACCCGAAGUCAAUAAGACCAUCGACGAGAUGAACGGUGCCUGGGAAGGCCUGAACCGGACGUGGAGGGAGCGCACGGAGAGGCUGGACGAGGCCAUGAGCGCCUCGGUGCAGUACCAGGACGCGCUGCAGUCCAUGUUCGACUACCUGGACAACGCGGUCAUCAAACUGUGCGAAAUGUUGACGGUGGGCACUGACCUGGGAACGGUCAAACAGCAGAUUGAAGAGCUCAAGCAGUACAAAGUGGACGUGUACCAGCAGCAGAUCGACAUGGAGAAGCUCUGCCACCAGGGGGAGCUGCUGCUGAAGAAAGUGUCGGACCAGACGGACCGGGACAUGAUCCAGGAGCCGCUGACCGAACUGCGCCACCUGUGGGACAACCUGGGCGACAAGAUCACGCAGAGACAGCACAAGCUGGAGGCGGCCCUGCUGGCCCUGGGUCAGUUCCAGCACGCCCUGUCCGAGCUGCAGGCCUGGCUGAGCCACACGUACGCCACCCUGGACACGCGGCGGCCCGUCGGCUCGGACCCCAAGGCCAUCGAGAUCGAGCUGGCCAAGCACCACGUUUUGCGCAACGACGUGCUGUCCCAUCACGCCACGGUGGAGGCGGUCAACGCGGCGGCCGCCGAGCUCCUGGAGUCGUCCCCCGGAGACGAGGCCGGCCACCUGAGGGAGCAGCUGGACCGGCUCGACCGCAGCUGGCAGAACCUUCUGCUGAAGACGCAGGAGAAGCAGAAGCUGCUCGAAGCCGCUUUGCAGCAGGCGGAGGGCUUCCACGGCGAGCUGGAGGAGUUCCUCCAGUGGAUGAGGCGCACGGAGAGCCAGCUGUCCGCAGCCAAACCCACCGGGGGCCUCCCCGAGACGGCCAAGGAGCAGCUGGAGCAGCACACGGAGCUCCAAGCCCAGCUGAGCCAGCGGGCCGAUCGGUACCACCGGCUGCUGGACGCCGGAGAGUCCUUGCUUCUGGCUCGCGGCGGAGAGGACGCGGGACCGGGAACCACGCAGACCCAGCAGAACCUGGCCGUGCUGCAGAACAAGUGGGCCGGCCUUAACGCCAAGAUGGACGAUCGACGGGCCAAACUGGACGAGGCGCUCGCCCUGGCGAGCGGGUUCCAGACUUGCCUGCAGGACACCAUCAACUGGCUGACCCAGGCCGAGCAGACCCUCAACACGGCGCAGCCCCCCAGCCUCCUCCUGGACACGGUCCUCUUCCAGAUCGACGAGCACAAGGUUUUCGUCAACGAGGUGAACACGCACCGCGAGCAGGUUCUGGCCCUGGAGAAGUCCGGCUCCCAGCUGCGCUUCGCCAGCCUGAAGCAGGACGUGGUCCUCAUCAAGAACCUGCUGCUGAGCGUCCAGGCCCGCUGGGACAAGCUGGUCCAGAGGUCUCUGGACCGCGGCCGGCACCUGGACGAGGCUCGCAAGCGGGCCAAGCAGUUCCACGAGGCCUGGAGGAAGCUGAGCGACUGGCUGGAGGAGGCCGAGAACCGACUGGACUCGGAGCUGGAGAUCCCCAACGAGCCGGACAAGAUCAAAGUCCAGCUGAGCAAACACAAGGAGUUCCAGAAGGCGCUGGGCUCCAAGCAGCCGGUCUACGACACCACGGUGAGGUCGGGCCGGGCCAUGCGCGACAAAGCUCAGCUGCCGGCCGACGCCCAGAAGCUGGACCACCUGGUGGGCGAAGUCCGCGACAAGUGGGACACCGUCUGCGGGAAGAGCGUGGAGAGGCAACACAAGCUGGAGGAGGCCCUGCUCUUCUCGGGUCAGUUCGCCGAGGCCCUCCAGGCCCUGGUGGACUGGCUGUACCGCGUGGAGCCGCAGCUGGCUGAAGAUUUGCCCGUGCACGGCGACCUGGACCUGGUCUCCAACCUCAUGGACUCCCAUAAGGCCUUCCAGAAGGAGAUGGGCAAGAGGACGGGCAGCGUUCAGGCCCUGAAGCGCUCGGCCCGAGACCUGAUGGAGACGGGUCGCGACGACACGGCGUGGGUCAGAGUUCAGCUGCAGGAGCUGAGCAACCGCUGGGAGACGGUGUGCGCGCUGUCCGUCACCAAGCAGACGCGACUGCAGCAGGCGCUCAAGCAGGCCGAAGAGUUCCGCACGGCGGUGCAGAUGCUGCUGGAGUGGCUGUCGGAGGCCGAGCAGAGCCUUCGCUUCCGCGGCGUCCUUCCGGAGGAGGCGGAGACCCUGCAGGCGCUGCUGCGCACCCACCGCCAAUUCAUGGGCACCGUGGAAGAGAAGAGGGCUGAGGUCAACCGGGCGGCGGGCAUGGGCGAGGCCAUCCUCGCCCUGUGCCACCCCGACUCCAUCACCACCAUCAAGCACUGGAUCACCAUCAUCCGGGCGCGCUUCGAGGAGGUGUUGACGUGGGCCAAACAGCACGAGCAGCGUCUGGAGGCGGCGCUGACCGAGGUUCUGAACAACGCCAACCUGCUGGAGGAGCUGCUGUCGUGGCUCCAGUGGGCCGAGACCACCCUGGUGCAGAGAGACACUGAGCCCCUCCCUCAGGACAUCCCCCAAGUCAAAGGACUCAUCACAGAACACCAGAUGUUCAUGGAGGAGAUGACGAGGAAGCAGCCGGACGUGGACAAAGUCACCAAAAGCUACAAAAGGAAACCCGCCGAGGCUCCCGGCAGCCUGGCGGAGAGGAGAGGAGGCCGACGGCACCAGCAGCAGCAGCAACAGCAGCAGCUUCAUCAUCAUCAUCAACAGGCCUCGGCGCAGGCGCCAGAGACAAACCCGCGACUCAACCAACUGUGUGCCCGCUGGCAGCAAGUUUGGCUUCUGGCACUGGACCGCCAGCGAAAACUCAACGACGCUCUGGACAGGCUGGAGGAGCUGAAAGAGUUUGCCAACUUCGACUUCGACGUGUGGCGUAAGAAGUACAUGCGCUGGAUGAACCACAAGAAGUCGCGCGUCAUGGACUUCUUCCGGCGCAUCGACAAGGAUCAGGACGGGAAAAUCACGCGGCAGGAGUUCAUCGACGGCAUCCUGGCGUCCAAGUUCCCCACCAGCAAGCUGGAGAUGACGGCGGUGGCGGACAUCUUCGACCGAGACGGCGACGGCUACAUCGACUACUACGAGUUUGUGGCCGCCCUGCACCCCAACAAGGACGCCUACAGACCCACCACGGACGCCGACAAGAUCGAGGACGAGGUGACUCGGCAGGUGGCGCAGUGCAAGUGUGCCAAAAGGUUCCAGGUGGAGCAGAUAGGGGAGAACAAAUACCGGUUCUUCCUCGGAAACCAGUUCGGCGACUCGCAGCAGCUCCGCCUGGUGCGCAUCUUGCGCAGCACUGUCAUGGUGCGGGUGGGCGGCGGCUGGAUGGCUCUGGACGAGUUCCUGGUCAAGAACGAUCCGUGUCGAGUUCAACAUCCCGGACUUAAGAUCCUUCGCUCCGACUCCAGUAGCUCCAUCUCAUCCCGUAUAGCUCGGGGGCGCACCAACCUGGAGCUCCGCGAGAGGUUCAUCCUCCCCGAGGGGACGCCGCAGGGCGUGUGCGCCUUCCGCUCGCGAGGCCGCCGCUCCAAGCCGGGCUCCCGCAACGCCUCGCCCACCCGCUCCUCGUCCUCGGCCUCGCACAGCGGCGCCUCGGCGCCCGCCACGCCCACCGCGUCGGCGUCGUCCAGGUCGUCGCACACUCACUCUCGUGACUACGCCAAGCCGUGGUUGGCACACAGUAAAAGCGCGGCGGCGAACAAGUGUCCGUGCUGCCCGGGCGUCGGCGUCGGCGACGACGAGGGGGCGUCGUCAGGCUCCAAGCUGAAGCGUCCGACCUUCCACUCCAGCCGCGGCUCGCUGACGGGAGAGAACGGCGGGUCGACGCACGCCGGCAAACGAAGCGAUCCGAAGCGAGCGGGGUCGUCGGCCGGCGCCGCCGCCGGCCGCGCGGGAAGCCGGGCCGGCAGUCGGCGGGGAAGCGACGCGUCCGACGCCUCGGAGCUACAGGACGCGCGCUCCGUCUGCUCCGACGCCUCCGACACGCCGCGGAGGCCCGGCGGCGCCAAGCCCUCCAAGAUCCCCACCAUCACCAAGAAGUCACCCAGUCCCAAAACACCCGCGCCCAGCAAAAAAUAAGACAAGGAAGCAAAAAUGUCCUCCAUUUUGGAUGCCUUGGUGGUAGCCAUCUUGUGUCAAGAAAAGUGACCCCAAAAAUCCUAGGAAAAAAAUG